CCCCCCCGAUACCGCACCGGGCCCCUGACACUGCACCGGGACCCGGAGAGACCGGCACGGAGACCGGGACCCCCCCGGACCCAGAGAGACCGACACGGACACCGGGACCACCCCCAGUACUGCACCGGGACCCCGAUACUGCACUGGGAUCCCCCCGGACCCAGAGAGACCGGCACGAGCACCGGGACCACCCCCCCGGGACACCACCGGCACCGGGAUCGUCCCCUCGAUGCUGCAGAGGGACCCCGACACUGCACCAGGACUCGGAGAGACCGGCACGAGCACCGAGACCACCCCCGAUACUGCACCGGGACCCCGAUACUGCACCGGGACCCCGAUACGGCACCAGGAACCGACCCGACAUCGGGACCCCUCGGCAGCAGCAGCGAGACCUCCAGGAGCAGGACUGGCCCCCCUGGUGCCCCCAGGACCCUCCGGCACCGGGCUCGCUCGACCCCAGCAGCACACGGGGCACCAGCGCAAUCCAAGGACGCCCACCUGGAGCAGAUGGUGGCCGCCAGCCCCGGGAAGACGCCCAUCAGCCUCCUGCAGGAAUAUGGGACACGCUUAGGACGGACCCCCGGCUACGACCUGCUCAAGGCCGAGGGCCAGGCCCACCAGCCCAACUUCACCUUCCGCGUCACCCUCGGGGACAUCAGCUGCACCGGGCAGGGCCCCAGCAAGAAGGCGGCGAAGCACAAGGCGGCCGAGGUGGCCCUGAGGCUGCUCAGAGGUGGGGGGGCCAUGCUGGAGCCCCCGGAGCACAGCUCUCCUUUCCCCCCAGAGCCCCCGGCUGAGCCCGGCCCUGCCGCCGCCCCCCCAGCCCCUGCCGUGCCCCCUCCCUUGCCCAGGGGGCCCCCCCUGGAGAUGAAGACACCCGUGUCCCCCCCCCAGUCGGAGUGUAACCCCGUGGGGGCUCUGCAGGAGCUGGUGGUGCAGAAGGGCUGGCGCCUGCCCGAGUACACGGUGACCCAGGAGUCGGGGCCGGCGCACCGCAAGGAGUUCACCAUGACGUGCCGCGUGGAGCGCUUCGUGGAGAUCGGCAGCGGCACCUCCAAGAAGCUGGCGAAGCGCAACGCGGCCGCCAAGAUGCUCGUGCGGAUCCACAACGUGCCGAUGGAGCCGCGCGACGGCAGCGAGGCCGAGGGCGAGGAGGACCAGUUCAACAUGACGUGCCCCCGGCUGGAGGGGCUGCGGGGCCGAGCCCCCGGCUGUACCUGGGACUCCCUGAGGAACUCGGCGGGCGAGAAGUUGGGGCAGCUGCGGAGCCGGGGGGGAGCCCCCGCGCCAGGGGGGGCCUGUGCCCUCCUGCAGGAGCUCUCGGAGGAGCAGAGCUUCGCCAUCAGCUACCUCGACAUUGACGCGCUGAGCCUCAGUGGGCUGCACCAGUGCCUGGUGGAGCUCUCGACGCAGCCGACCACCGUGUGCCACGGGGCCGCCCCGUCCCGCGACGGCGCCCGCGCCCAGGCUGCCCGCAACGCCCUGCAGUACCUGCGCAUCAUGGCGGGGGGCAAGUGACCCCCCCGGGGGCGAGUGACCCCCCCGGACACACCCAUGGGCGCACGGACACACCCCAGGCUCGCUGGACUCACGGCAGGGCACCCGGCCCCCACCCACCACCCCUCGGACACAGGGACCCGCCUGGGUCUGCGGAUGGACAGACGGACGGACCUCAGGGCCCAGGGGCUCCCUCUGGCCUGGCCCCCCCCCGACAGCAGCGCCAGGAGGGCCCCCGGGCACCAUCGGCCCCCAGGAAUAAAUCUGGGGGGAUUUGUA